UUAUAGGGAAAAUUAGAUAUUUGAUCUCUGUAAGUAAUAUGCAGUAUUGUGGAAUACAUUUCUAGUUGUAUGAUGCACUAUAUUCAUGAUUACCUUUUCAAAUUAUUAAGAUACUGAGGGGUUAAUGUAACAUUAUAAAUGUUUUAUUUUAUGCAGAAAUGGCAAUAUCCAAAAGCUGAAUCAAAAGAUCUUUAUACUUGUAAUUCCCUCUUUUGUAUAGUCAACCCCAUUCUCACCUCAGAGUGUCCAAUAAAGCUGGCAAACAAAGAGAAAUAACUAAGUUAAGUACGGCUUACGGGUCAAACUCAUCAAUGCCCAGAUUUCUCCCAGACAGCUUAAUUAUGAUUAUUUGCACAAUCUUUCAUAUGAACCAGACAUUGCUGCAUGAACUGAACAUUCACUAGAGAUCAGACAUUCUUUUUGACAGACUUCUGAAAAGAAAUAUGUCAGUGUAAUAUUAGGCUAUACAUAUUUACAUUUUAGUAUUUUAAUUAAGAUUAUGUACUAGGCUAUAACUAAAUUUAAAUAAUUGUGAGAUUUAUUAGUGCCCCCUGGACGUUUGCUGAGGCCCCCUACAAGUCCCCCUGGUUGAGAACCACUUGUGUAUAAGUCUUUCUGUCUGUCUGACAGCAGCCUAUUUCUGUCUAGCCUAGGACAUGUAACGACUUCAAACUUAAAGGUUUUAAUUUACAUUUUACGUCAAGCCAACGUCAAAGAUUAUCUUGAUGAACUUGCCAUUCAUACGUCAUAAUAUGUGAUUAACUGUUAAAAACAUUAUUUUGCAUCAGCAAACGUUUCUUGUACAAACAAUUGCUUUGUGUACGACAAUGAUUUGCAAACAUUAAUAAACUAAUCAGUCUAUCGCUCAGUAAAAUCGUCAUUUUUAUGCGCUUUGUUUACGCGAGAGUAUGUCAUUAAGCCGCGACCACAUCUCUGACCAAUCAAAAGUCAGGAUUGACCUCCGCGUUUGUACUGUGGAAUGAAGGAUCUGGCUCUGGCGCGUAGCUAGAAAACGAUUACUACAUUAAUGCAGAUUAAAAAUAGUAUUGUCGUGAGGAUCCAGUGUGGUUAUUUAUCGAGCUUUCAACAAAACCCAGGCUGCGAAAGGCUCUAUUGGCAAGAGGAAUGUCUGGGCUAGUUUGCUAAUGGCAAUGCUAUAGUAGCUCGUCAGGCUCGUCUUUAGUUUCUCGUUUCUGAGUGAUUAGAAAUACUGUCGCAGCGAAACUCUAAAGGAUGAGCGUUUCAUUUUAUAAAGAAUUAAAACAUUAAAAUAGGUUUCUUCUUCGUUUGGUUGUACAGCAGAAGAAUUCGCAAUGAACUCAAAGCGCAACAACGGUGAAAACGGGGCGGGCAGAAUCAACCCAGUGUCGGUACCAACAGCAACAAACAGCUCAUCAGCGAGUGCUUCUCACCGUAAACAAACUAUAAUCAACUCGUCCCAUAAGGGAGAGAAAGAUGAGUGCAUGCAAAACACAGUCCGAGACAAAAACCUCUCCAUCUCCACACUCAGAACUCGCCUCGGACCGACCAUUCGGUCCACUCUGUCCGCGGCAGUGGACACCCUUCUGGGCGAGAUCGUGACGGUGCUGUCCGAAACCCAGCGGGAGCUGCUGACCAAAGAGCAAGAGAACGAGAAGCUGAAGGUUCGGCUCGAAGUCUCGGAGAGAGAGCUCAAGACAUUACAGGAGUGUCUGUGUAGCGCUCAGAAAUUAAUCGACCAACUGCAGGGUCCCUUUGGAAACCCGUCCAUGCCGGGACAUCACGUCUACGCCACCUCUGGACAAUUAAACUCGAGCCGCUUGACACAUCGGAGUGCGCCCGAGCCGGAUCCGCGCUGCUUUACUGGAGCCGAACCCGAAUUGAGUGGCGCUCUGGGUGAUGCCAUACACGGCUUUGACUCCAGGGAAGAGUUCAAGAGCUGCCACCUCUCCAUUCAGGCGGAUGGGACGGUGACGAACAGUUUUUAUGACCCCAUAUCCGUCCAUUCGUCUAACAUUUGUUCAGACAUGAACCGACCUGGUGAGAUGGUGGAUGACAGCAGAAGACUCUCGCACCCCAGACCCCCGAACCCUCCCUCACACACUAGCUUCUCUGUUAAAGAGGAGCAGGUUCCUGCCUCUGGACAGGUGUGUGUGCGGGGAAGAGAGGCGCCCACAGAAGCCGAGCACUCAGCUCAGAGCGUGUGUGAUCUGGCAUACGUCCACGUGGUCGAGGAGGAAGGAGGGUCCCGUUCACACCAUCACCCCUCCAAACCUACACCACCGCCCCCCUCCAGGCCUCACAAUGGACCCUCCUCUAGUAGUUCCCCUACACAGGGGACCUCCGGACUUAGAUCGGCCCAGAGAGAUACUCCUGGUUUGGGUAUGACUCCUAGGAGGAGCCCAGGGGUGGGUGGCUCAUCUCCAGAAGAGCCUAUGCGGCGCUCCAUCUCAGAGUUGAUGGGGGAGGCACCUGGAGAACGUCCUCACUUGUGCUUGGAGUGCGGCAAGACCUUCCGUCUGAUCUCUAGCCUGAAAAAGCACCUGAGGAUCCAUACAGGAGAGAAACCGUACCCGUGCACCGUGUGCGGCCGCCGUUUCCGUGAGUCUGGGGCUCUUAAGACUCACCUCCGCAUCCACACAGGGUGAGAAACCCUAUUCCUGCUCUGAUUGCGGAACUCAGUUUCGUCAUCUCGACGGCCUGCGGAAGCACCGCCGCACGCACACCGGUGAAAAACCGUAUGUGUGCAGCGUCUGCGGGAAACGCCUCAGUCGCCUGCAGCACCUUAAGCACCACCAGCGUAUACACACAGGAGAACGACCGUGUUGCUGCCCACUCUGCCAUCGAGGCUUUAAAGAUCCGGCCAGCCUGAGGAAACACCUCCGCGCCCAUCAGGGGGAGCCUGGAGCGGAUGAAGCAAUGGGGA